UUUGAGGUGAUGCUUUUAGUUUGAAAGACACUAGGAGGGAAAUGAAGGAAAAAUAGCCCCGCCCUUUCCGGUGAAGCAGCUACGUGUUGGGGGGACGCGGGAAAUGUGAAGUUCACGAACAUCAGCUGUGAUCCACCGUGAGAACACGUCAUGUACAAACCGGAGGGAAGCAGCGUGGAGAGAAAACGUCCUCCGCCGGUUAAAGUGCUCUCCUGUCAGCUGAGGAGCGCAAAGACCCAGGGGGCCUCCGGCAGCGGGGACAGCUGGCUUAUCAGACCGGGCAGAGGUCCCUCUCUUCCGGUGUCGCUGGUGUGGAUGCAAGGGACCGUCCUGGAGGCGCAGCUGGACCGAAACACCGUCCUGCUGAUGGAUGAAACGGGGACGUUCGCUGUCCAGGGCGUCAACAACAUCCCCAAGGGGAAGUCAUGUUUGUCCCAAGGCAGGUACGUGAUGGUGAUGGGUCUCAUCCAGGCCGCCUCCCCGGAGCCAGUCGUCCGGGCGGUGAAGAUGGCAGAUCUCUCGGAGCUGGCGGAGCUCCACAGGCGGAUGUGGAGGCUGGAGGUGGAGGAGCUGCAGCAGGUGCUGGGCUGAGUGCAGAGGAAGACCUGCUCCUGCCGCUGCUCCAGGCAUCGAUGAGAAAUGUAAAGUACCUCAGUGGACUGAAGAAAGGAGGGGAGGCAGGAGGACCAGACUUCUAUAUGUGCAGUCAUGCAGAAAUCCUUUUUUUUGGAUUUAGUUUUUCUACUGACUUUCAUCAAUGAGACAUUAACUUACUUUUUAGGGACAUCUCGUCAGCUUAUACAGUUGGCAUUAGAAAAACAAAUAUUAAUGUGUACAAAGGCUGGGUUUCAUAGAGUUCAUAUAUCUUAAUUGUGGCAGAAAAUAAACCCAGUCAACAUUAAGAAAAUAUUCACGUU